ACUACUGCGAAUGGGCUGUGACGUAGAGAGCAAUCAGGGCUCCAGUCGAAGUUGAGCUCGCUCCGCACUUUUCCUGUCAGCACUGGACCGAGUUUGGAUCACAACCUCCGUAACUCCUUCAGAACCCUCCCGAGGAGUCAGAGCAGAUACCCCGAGUGGGGGAAACAGCACCGAGCGGGACCGGGGCCACAUGGACGCGCCAUGUAGCUGCAGACACGGCGGUGGACUUCUUCGUGGUUUCGCUCAAGAAGAGGCGAAGUGAGCUGCGAGAUAAACAUGCUCAGCCCGACGCCGGCCUCCCUGCUGCCUCUUCUCCUGCUCUGUCGGAUUUCUUUCUGCCAAUAUUCAAGCGACCAGUGCAGCUGGAAGGGCAGUGGUCUGACUCACGAAGGCCACGCCAGGGAUGUGGAGCAGGUGUAUUUGCGUUGCUCCCAGGGCUCCCUGGAGUGGCUCUAUCCCACGGGGGCGAUCAUCGUCAACCUCCGACCCAACACGGUCUCCCCCGCCGCCGCCCGCCUCUCCGUCUGCAUCAAACCCUCAGCAGAAUCCAGCGGCACCAACGUCUACCUGGACCGUAACGGCAAGCUGCGGUUACUGCUGCGGGAUCAGGACCAAGCUCAGGGCAAGGUGCAGUGCUUCAGUAUCCAGGAGGGGGCUCUCUUCAUCGAGGCCGUCACGCACACGGACAUCAGCCGGAGGAUCACGGCCUUCCAGUACGAGCUGGUCAGCGACAGGCUGGGGCCGGAGGCACGCUUAGUGGGAGCACCCUGUCAGCCCUGCAGCGACGCUGAGAUGCUUCUAGCCGUCUGCACCAAUGACUUCGUGGCUCUGGGUAGCAUUAAGAAGGUGGAGUUGGAGGAGGAGCACUCGUCUGUCACUGUGGAGCUCAGCCGCCUCUACAGACAGAAAACCCAGGUCUUUUUAUCCGGGGGUGUGAGGGUACGGAGGUGGACUGGCCAGAUCAAGAUGCCCCUGCAGUGUGGGGUGAGGUCUGGGGAGGGUGAGUUCCUCUUCACCGGGACAGUGCGGUUUGGGGAGGCCUGGAUGGGAUGCGCCCCGCGCUACAAAGACUUCCUGCGGUUGUAUGGCGAGGCGGAGCAGCAGGGGACCAACCCCUGUCAUGUGGACACGGACUAAGUGUGUUACCUGCCCUCGCUUUGAACUAAGACUAAGUCCUCACUGGGUGGGGAGGAGAGCUGACCCUAGAGUUCAUACUAAGGAGAGGAAGAGGCUGACAGACUGGCCCAGUGGCAGAUUCUCUCUCCUCUCCUGCUGUCUUGUGAUUCUGUGGAGACAAAGACUGUAGCUCCUGAAUGUUGCCAAGCAGCAUGCUGGACGGACUUGGCUCUCAAAGUCAAACGUGAUGCAAACGUGGAAUGUGUUCGGACUGCUUUUCUUCGCGGACGAGUAACUCCCAGGAUUUAAAUGUAGCAAACCCCCAUUUGGUCUUUAUUUGUAUAAAAUGUGAAUGAACAUUGUAUAUUUUGACGCUCUGCGUGCUUUGUAAAAAAAAAAAGAAAAAAAAAAGCUUGAUGUACAGUUUUGAAGUUAUUACUUAUGAAAGAAAUGUAUAAAGUGAAAGCCUGUUAUUUUUAUUUUGUUUAAAAAAAUGAUUCGCAAUUUUAAUGCCUGAAUUCAUGUGGUUUUUUUCAGGCUGUACAAUUGUAGAAAAACAAACCAAAAAAAAAAAGCAAAAACUUUUUUGCCAUUGAGAAU